UUAAAAUACUGUUUAAUUAGGAAGAUAAAAUAGUUUGUGUUUGUUUUUCUUUGGCCGUCUCGUUUCCGCAACUUUAACUUUUACCUAUGUGUGGAACGACUUCCAGGUUUAUAAAUAACACUUGAAAAAUAGCUCGGCGGAGCAACACAUCUCGUAUCACAUUGUGAUCUAAACAUGGUGGAUCUGAACAGGGAGGUGAAUAUUUAAGGAUGUGGAAUUAAGCCGACUCUGGAAUUUGGAAAAAAAUAAGUUCCUGUGGGUCAUCGCAGUGAGUAGGAAAUUCCAUUCGCCUUUUAAUAUCGAAUCACGUUUUAUAACCGCGUUUUGGGAGGACAUGAAGCCAGAAUCUGACGACUUUCUACCGCCGCCUGAGUGCCCGGUCUUUGAGCCGAGUUGGGCGGAAUUCCGAGAUCCACUUGGCUAUAUAGCUAAAAUCAGACCUAUUGCGGAGAAGUCAGGCAUUUGCAAGAUCCGCCCACCUGCGGAUUGGCAGCCUCCUUUUGCUGUAGAAAUCGAUAACUUCAGAUUUACUCCUCGAAUUCAGAGACUUAAUGAACUGGAGGCCCAGACUAGAGUAAAACUGAACUAUUUGGAUCAAAUUGCAAAAUUCUGGGAAAUUCAAGGUUCUUCCUUAAAGAUACCUAAUGUGGAAAGGAAAAUCUUGGACCUUUACAGCCUUAAUAAGAUUGUGAUAGAGGAAGGUGGAUAUGAAGCAAUCUGCAAAGACCGUCGGUGGGCCCGUGUUGCCCAACGCCUUAAUUACCCAUCAGGAAAAAACAUUGGUUCCCUUCUACGGUCUCACUAUGAACGGAUCAUUUACCCUUAUGAGAUGUUUCAGUCUGGAGCUAAUCAUGUGCAAUGUAACACAGAUCCAUUUGACAGUGAAGAAAAAGACAAGGAGUACAAACCUCAUAGCAUCCCUCUGAGACAGUCUGUUCAGCCAUUAAAAUUCAGUUGCUACAGUAGACGAGCAAAAAGGCUACAACCUGAGCCAGAACCCACAGAAGAAGACAUUGAGAAAAACCCAGAGCUAAAAAAACUACAGAUAUAUGGGGCAGGCCCCAAGAUGAUAGGCUUGGGCCUCAUGGCAAAGGAGAAGACUCUGAGAAAGAAAGUGACAUGCCCUGCAACUGUAAUAGUGAAGGGGGAAGCCAGUGGGUUUGGAAAAGUGACAUCAGCAUUUUCUGACAAGAACUUAAAUCUGAUUAAACCUUGUACUGAGAUGACUAUGCUACGGAACAAUCACAGCAAUACCAACUUUAUGGAUUCAUAUGUUUGCCGAAUAUGCUCUCGUGGGGAUGAAGAUGAUAGAUUUCUGCUCUGUGAUGGGUGCAACGACAAUUACCAUAUCUUUUGCCUAUUGCCACCACUUUCUGAAGUCCCUAAGGGGGUAUGGAGGUGCCCAAAGUGUAUCUUAGCGGAAUGUGGCGUCCCGGAAGCUUUUGGCUUUGAGCAAGCUACACAGGAGUAUACGUUGCAGAGUUUUGGUGAGAUGGCUGAUUCCUUCAAGGCUGACUACUUCAACAUGCCUGUACAUAUGGUACCUACAGAAGUUGUGGAAAAGGAAUUCUGGAGGCUGGUGAGCAGCAUUGAGGAGGAUGUGACAGUUGAGUAUGGAGCAGACAUUCACUCCAAAGAAUUUGGCAGUGGGUUUCCUGUCAACAAUAGCAAAUGGACCUUAUCUCCUGAAGAAAAGGAGUAUGCUGCCAGUGGUUGGAAUCUCAAUGUGAUGCCAGUUCUGGAUCAAUCUGUUCUCUGCCACAUCAAUGCAGACAUCUCAGGCAUGAAAGUGCCUUGGUUAUAUGUGGGCAUGGUGUUUUCAGCAUUUUGUUGGCAUAUUGAGGAUCACUGGAGUUACUCCAUUAACUACCUGCACUGGGGUGAACCAAAGACCUGGUAUGGAGUACCUUCUCUAGCAGCAGAACAUUUGGAGGAUGUUAUGAAGACACUUACAUCCGAGUUGUUUGACAGCCAGCCUGACCUCCUACACCAACUUGUCACUUUGAUGAAUCCCAACACUCUCAUGUCACAUGGAGUGCCAGUUGUUCGUACAAACCAGUGUGCAGGGGAAUUUGUCAUUACUUUCCCUCGUGCUUACCACAGUGGCUUUAAUCAAGGUAACUUUGUUGGAGGCAGUGAACUUUGCACUGCUGAUUGGCUACCUGUUGGACGCCAGUGUAUUGAACACUACCGCCGACUCCGGCGCUAUUGUGUCUUUUCCCAUGAGGAGCUCAUCUGCAAAAUGGCUGCAUUCCCAGAGAAGUUGGAUCUAAAUCUAGCAGUGGCAGUUCACAAGGAGAUGUUCAUUAUGGUACAGGAGGAGCGACGCCUACGGAAGACCUUGUUGGAGAAGGGCAUCACGGAAGCUGAGCGAGAGGCCUUUGAGCUACUCCCAGAUGAUGAGCGUCAGUGCAUCAAGUGUAAGACCACGUGUUUCCUAUCAGCCUUGGCCUGUUAUGACUGUCCAGAUGGUCUUGUCUGCCUUUCCCAUAUCAAUGAUCUGUGCAAAUGCUCAAGGAGCCGACAGUACUUACGGUACAGGUACACAUUGGAUGAACUGCCUGCUAUGUUACAAAAGUUGAAGAUUCGGGCCGAGUCAUUUGACAACUGGGCCAACAAAGUACAAGCAGCCUUAGAGGUAGAGGACGGACGGAAACGGAGUUUUGAAGAGCUAAGAGCACUGGAAACUGAGGCUCAUGAUAGACAAUUUCUAGACCUGCUUCAGAUGAAGAAAUUUUGCUUGUCGGGUGUUGCUUAUGAGCUCUCCGCAGUGGCAGGUUUACUAAAUAACCUUUUUUCCUACAGGUUAGAAACACCACAACUCACCCUGACUGAACUACAGAUUCUUCUCAAACAGAUGUGCACUCUGCCGUGUACUAUGCAUCAGAUUGAUGAAGUUAAGGAUGUUCUGCAACAGGUGGAGACAUAUCAAAUUGAGACGCGUGAGGCUCUAACUUCACUGCCUUGUAGUUUAGAAAUACUUCAGUCCCUGAUGGAAAAGGGACAGCAGCUUCGUGUGGAAGUUCCUGAAGCUCAUCAACUUGAAGAGCUGUUGGAGCAGGCACAAUGGCUAGAUCAAGUGAAGCAGGCCCUGGCUCCCUCAGGCCAGAGACACUCUCUGGUCAUCAUGAAGAAACUUUUGGUUAUGGGUACCAAGUUAGCCUCCAGCCCUUCUGUGAACAAAGCUCGAGCAGAGCUACAAGAACUGCUUACUAUUGCAGAGCAUUGGGAGGAAAAGGCCCAUUUCUGCUUAGAAGCUAGCCAAAAGCAUUCUCCAGCCACUUUGGAAGUUAUAAUACGUGAGGCAGAAAACAUCCCUGUCUACUUGCCUAAAAUCCAGUCUCUCAAGGAAGCUCUGACUAAGGCACAGGCUUGGAUUGCUGAUGUGAAUGAGAUUCAAAAUGGUGAUCACUACCCCUGUUUGGAUGAUUUGGAGGGGCUUGUAGCUGUGGGUCGGGAUUUACCUGUGGAGCUAGAGGAACUAAAACAGCUGGAGAAUCAGGUACUGACAGCACAUUCCUGGAAAGAGAAAGCUUCUAAGACUUUUCUCAAGAAGAAUUCUUGCUACACACUGUUGGAGGUUCUCUGCCCAUGUGCAGAUGCUGGUUCUGUCAGCACCAAGCGCAGUCGGUGGAUUGAAAAGGAGAUGGGGUUAUACAAAUAUGACACAGAAUUGCUGGGGCUUUCUGCACAGGAUCUCAGGGACCCAGGUUCUGUGAUCAUGGCCUUUAAGGAAGGGGAAGAGAAAGAAAAAGAAGGUAUCUUGCACUUGCGUCACAUCAACUCAACUAAGCCCAGUCCAAUGUCCUCAUCAAUCAAUGCCUCUGCGACCUCCAUCUGUAUAUGUGGGCAGGUCCGUGCAGGAGUAGAAGCUCUGCGGUGUGAUCUCUGUCAUGACUGGUUCCAUGGACAAUGUGUGACUGUACCCCACCUACCCAGCUCCUUAAGGGCUAGUCAUACCUCAUCUCAACUGCUAGCUUGGUGGGAAUGGGACACCAAAUUCCUGUGCCCACUGUGUAUGCGAUCAAGGCGUCCACGCCUGGAGACCAUAUUGUCAUUGCUGGUAGGACUACAAAGACUGUCUGUAAGGCUGCCUGAGGGUGAGGCCCUACAGUGCCUCACAGAGAGAGCCAUUGGUUGGCAGGGCCGUGCCAGACAGGCUCUAGCUUCUGAGAAUGUGACUGCUUUGUUGAAACAGCUAGCAAAAUCCCGCCAACAACUACAGGAUAAAUUGAGACAUGAGAAGCCCCCUACAUCUCAUUCAGGUCUUCCCUCUGAGUGUCUCACAGAGGAUAGUGACAAGGAUAUCCUUAAGGAAGAGGAGGAGUUGGUACUAAAUGAAGACAUGCUGAAAAAUUCUGAGAAGAUUGUUCCAAAGGAAAGUUCAUGUGAAAGAGGUGAGGAACUGUUGCCUUCGCUAUUAUCCCAAUUAACUGGUCCUGUACUGGAACUGCCUGAAGCCACCCGGGCCCCACUAGAGGAGCUUAUGAUGGAAGGAGAUCUACUUGAAGUUACCCUAGAUGAGAGCCACAGCAUUUGGCAGCUGCUGCAGGCUGGACAGAAUCCUAAUCUAGAGCGGAUUCAUACACUUCUAGAGGUGAGAUGUAUUAUGGAUAGUCCUUGGUAUCAGUACAAACAUAAUACUUGACAUGAACCACAUACACCUUAUUCUUCCUUGUCUGUGUAUUGUAGCUUGAGAAACCUGAGAACCCAAAGAAUUGGUCAGAGGAACAAACACCAGAGAGGCGGCGGCGGCGAAGGCAAAAGGUCGUUCUGAGUAGAAAGGGUGAGGAUUUUACUCAAAAAGAGCUAGCAUCAAAAAGAGCUAGGAGUUCAAGGAUUAAGCCUAAGGGAAAACAGUUUCAAGAGCCAAUACAUGGGGAUAAUGUGCUCUUGUCACACCAUACAGAACAUACAAACAUCUUAAAAGAGAACAUGAACAGUGUACAAGGGAAGGAUCCAAGCCCUUCAUCUUCUUUUCCUUCCUUACCAGCUUUGCUACAUCUCUCUUAUUUUCAUCAGCAAAAAUUACAACAAUAGUAUGUGAUUAUUUUUUUUCCUUGCUCAGUCUUU